AUGAUUGACAGUAGAAUAGAAAGUGAAGCAUUUGUUGAACCUGCUUUCGUUUUCUGUCUCCCCGGUAAUGCAAACCCUUCUUGGAGGGUACUUAAUCCUGCUUUGUUUCCUUUCCUUUCCGACUGCGUCCUCGUGCAGCACGAAUUCUGGACUUCUCUGCCGGAUACUGAUGUUUCAUCAGUUGCUGAACGUGCUCAGGUGGUCAAGGCCCUUUACAAAGUUUCAGAUGAAAGCGGCAAACUGGAGAUAACUCUGGUCUCGGAGGGCAGCGCGCCCAAGAGUGAGGUCAAAUCCGACGACGUUUACAUGGUCCAGUCAAAGGAGGGUCUCUUUGUCUACAUCGGAAAGGACUGCUCACCAGUCGAGAAGAAGAAUGCCCUGGCUACUGCCCACAAACACCUACAAAACAGUCCAACUCCAUUCCUGCCCAUUACUGUGGUGACCGAAGACAAGGCGGAAUCCUUCCUGAAAGGCAUUUGGGAUUAA